CCGAAGCUGUGUGACUCGACGGGGGUGUCUAGCUGGGUGGGGAGGUACCUAUCGACGACUCUCUAGGGAUUUUUGGUUCCCUCUUUUUUUUUUUUAAGGGAAGGGGAUUUGGAGUGUCGCUCCCCUUAGUAUGGCUGACCAGGCUCUCAGUUUUCUUAAAGACUUUUUGGCGGGGGGUAUCGCUGCUGCCAUUUCCAAGACGGCUGUAGCACCUAUUGAAAGAGUCAAGUUGCUGCUACAGGUCCAGCAUGCUAGCCAACAAAUCACAGCCGAAAAACAGUAUAAGGGAAUCGUGGACUGUGUGGUAAGGAUUCCCAAGGAGCAAGGCAUCAUUUCCUUCUGGAGAGGCAACUUGGCCAAUGUCAUCCGGUACUUCCCCACCCAGGCCCUCAACUUUGCAUUCAAGGACAAGUACAAGCAGAUUUUCCUUGGGGGAGUGGACAGACACAAGCAGUUCUGGCGCUACUUUGCAGGCAACCUGGCCUCUGGAGGUGCAGCAGGAGCAACUUCUCUCUGCUUUGUGUAUCCUCUAGAUUUUGCUAGGACUAGGCUAGCAGCUGAUGUGGGCAAAGGGCUGAAUGAGAGGCAGUUCACUGGGCUAGGCAAUUGCAUUGCUAAGAUCUACAAAUCUGAUGGCCUCAGGGGUCUCUACUUGGGAUUCAAUGUGUCAGUCCAGGGUAUCAUCAUCUACCGAGCUGCUUAUUUUGGCGUCUACGAUACAGCUAAAGGCAUGUUGCCUGAUCCAAAGAAUGUGCACAUCGUAGUCAGCUGGAUGAUAGCCCAGACUGUAACUGCAGUAGCAGGUCUGGUAUCUUACCCUUUUGACACUGUCCGACGUAGAAUGAUGAUGCAGUCUGGCAGAAAAGGAGCUGACAUCAUGUAUAAGGGUACAAUCGAUUGCUGGAAGAAGAUCGCUAAAGAUGAAGGAGGCAAGGCUUUCUUCAAAGGUGCCUGGUCCAAUGUGCUAAGAGGCAUGGGAGGCGCUUUUGUAUUAGUCUUGUAUGAUGAGAUCAAGAAAUUUGUCUAAGCAAGUCAAACUACUUGACUCUUAUGUUCUGUUUAAUUACAUAUUUACACGUGAGUUAAAGGCAACUAAAUAUUUCCUACGGAAACAGAUUACUGUGGGUCAAAUCCAGUUGAGAGGUCAAAUUGGGGAACUAUAAAGAUUGCUCAGUGAUGAUUUAUGACACGUCAAACUUUUUUGUAUGGAAAAUUGAUGAGGUCUUUGUACAUAUACAUUUAUUUGACAAAUAUCAAUAAUAUAUUCCUAUGAAUAAAAAUAUUUCCAGAGGAGGUGUGUUGAUAAAGUAUUUAAACAACUACAAAAAUGAAUUUUAAUAAAUAGUAGAAAUUAAA